GUGGUUAUUAGCCGUCGUAAAGAAUUGCUCUUAUUAGAAUGUGAUAGCGCAAUUAUUCACGGAUUUUUAUCAAAAUUUCCACAAGACAUUGAAAUUGAUGAACUGAUUUCUCGGACAAUUGAACUUUAUCGAAGAUAUCCACCCUAUGAACUUCAGCUAAUUUCUGGUUUAUCGCUUGAAAAGACGUCAAGCAUAAAUUUAUACGAUCUACAUUGGCUGAGUUUGAAAUCCGAUGAUAUCGUUAAUUACUCUGAAGCAAACAAAAUUCUCUUAUUACCUCCACUAGAAAGAAAACCUGCUCAU